CGACGGACUUGGGAUUUGCAUUCACCGCUGAAUUAGCUACUCAAGCCUAAGUACCUCCACAUAUUCAACAACAUGAAGCAAGUCGCCGCCCUGUUUUUCACCUUUUUGGUGUGCUCCCAACUCUACGCUGUGAGCGACGCUGCUCCCUCUGACCUUUUCUCAAGCCUGGCAAGUGCUAUGAAAACCGCGGCUGCAACUGUGGCAAAUCAGACCUCAACUGCGGUUGAAACCGCGGCCGCAACUGCGGCAAAUCAGACUUCAACUGCGGUUGAAACCGCGGAAACCGCGGCUGCAACUGCGGCAAAUCAGACUUCAGAUGCAGCUUCGGCAGUGUCUUCUGUGGAUACAGACGCAGCAUCAGCAUUAGCAUCCGCGGCUUCGUCAGCAGCUUCGGAAGCAGAAUCCGCGGCUUCCUCAGCAGCUUCAGCAGCAGAAUCUGUGGCUUCUUCGGUGAUUUCGAGUGCAGAAUCUGCCGCCUCAUCUUUGACCAGUGAUUCAUCAUCAUCGUGCACCGACACGCUGACAUGCGGCGAGGCAGCGGUUUCGUCGGCGAUAACUGACAUGGAAUCACUUGCAACCGCCAUGAAAUCAAACUACGAAUCAAUUGCUGAUUUCUGGACUAAUUUAUUUGCGUAGAUUAAAUAAAAUUCAUCAUGUCCACCCUGAAGAUUGCCUGAAGCCAUAUGAAAUGAUAAUAUAUAAACUCUAGUAGAGCAGUGUAUCUAUCAAUCGUUAAAUUUUACAAAGUUGACAUUUUUUUUCGCUCUUGUAUGAUAUUUGGCUGCCAGAUUACCCUCGAAACACCUGUUAGAUAUUUUAUUAGCUGGCAUCGGCACUUGUGUCGAGUAGCUCUCCGUUAUACGAAAGCUUUCAAUGUAACGCUGAAACUUUUGUGAACUGAACAGAUGCGACAAAAUAACCAAGCAGGUAUACGACAACUCUUUUGUAAUAAUGCUUAAUAUUAUUAACUAUUAUUUCAUUGCGAUUCUCAUACAAGUAACAUGGUAUUUUAAGAAAUGCGAUAACUAUGAUCAUUAAAUAAAAUAUAUAACAGAAGCA